UGUUUUCGUUUAUUUCACACUUGACUGAUUUUGUGAUUUGCGUUUUCUGUGAUUGCAACAUAACCUCACACAUUGAUGUUGCCAUGUUUCUAGUAUUGUUUUGUAAUUAUUUCUAGGUUUGUAUUGGGCAUAAUUAAUGCUGCUCAAGUAGGGUUUAGUACUAGUGUAAUUUAUGAUAUUUUCCUGAUGACAACCUACCCCGAUUUGCAGACUGUUAACGAAUUAGAACAUAGAAUUAUGCUAAUUUGUCCUGUGUUGCUAGGCCAGCUCUCUUUGUGUUGUUGCUUAUUUCUGGCAACGCUCGUUCUUUCGCUCGCUGCUUUCUGGGCGGGAAUGUUGGCAGUGAUUGUCUGCUCUCCAGUUUUGUUAGAUUUUUAGUUGUUUGAGGUCUCAGGAACCGGGUUUUUAAGUCAUAUAUAUAGUAAAAGUUACCUUUGAAUCUUUCCCAGCUCUAUUCGCGUUUAGAUGUUCGUUAUUCUCAGUAGGCUAGGAAAACAGUUGCAAGUAGUUAUUUCAUGAUAUUUUGUGUGUUUAUUUGUUAGAUCUGAUCAAAUAUAGAGCUAGUUAAAAUAAUAGUUCCAGUCAAAUAAUUGGUUGUUCUUUGAGUUGAAGGCUACAUCGUCAAAAAACCGUACAAAUUGACAACUGUAUACUGAUUCGUACUUUCAACUGUAAUUGAAUUUCAAUCGUACGUACACUGCAUUUUAAACGUACCUUUUUCGUGACAACAAGAAAUUUCAAAAGGCGAUUUGUACGCGUAUUUUUAUUGUGGAGUCUCGAAACGAUUCAGAGAGCAACCGUCCGUUAACACGUGUUGGCGCUAGAUAGCGACUCCGAUUUGGCGCCUACAUAAGUUUUUUGACGUUUGCACAAAAGCUGAAAAGAAAAUUGCACAUUAAUUCUGAAGUUGCCUGGUUGAAGUUAAAUUAAAAAUGGCAACGGCUGAUGCUCACUUAAAUGUCAAGGACAAUGAAGAUGAUUCAACAACAAAUGACGGUUCUGCAAAAUCAGACGUUCAUGAAACAACAAUAAUUGCAAUGUCAGUUGAAACACAACCUAAAUCAAGUCUUGCAUUGGCAAGUGAAAAUGUUGUGAGUGAUCAUUCUAGUGGUGUGAGUAAAGACUUGUUCCUAAGAAUACCUGAUGUGGAUUCAGUUUCUCACCUAAGUUCGCGAAAGAGCACUAAUAAAGAGAAGUCUGUAGCAUCUUGUGUUGCUGAAGAAAUGUCAACAAACACACACGUAAUGACCACAAGAUCAAAAGUGAAACAAAAAAAAUCAACUGUUUUAACUCGGGAUUGUUUGUCAAGAAAUUCAAAUAGACGAAGCUUGAAAACGUUUCGUAGUGCAAGUUAUCGAUCAACAUCUGUUGUCCAGUCACAUAAAUCAGCUCUUAGUGAGUCGCAAAUAGAAAACAUCUAUGAAGCACGAAAAAUAAGUCAGCAAAGAAAAACUGAGCUAGAGAAACAACAGCUCGGUAACCGGUUGCAACAAGAAAAAGAAAUUUGGGAAGAAAAUAACCAAAUUGAAGACUUGACACUGGAAAAAGAGUGGCAAGAACUCCUGCAACAACAACAAGUUGAGGAGGAGGAAUUAAGAAAAGAAAAACAACGUCAAGAAGAAGAGUUAAGAAAAGAAAAACAACGUAAGCGAGAAGCAUUUAUGCGUCGUCGCCAGGAAAUACAACAAAAAAGAAAGAUCGAAAACGUUACAUUCGAUCGACGUAAACAAAGAACCCUGCAAGAAAUCGAAGACAGAAGUCGACGAGAACUGCUGGGAUUGGACAUGGACUUUAAUGAAACUUUAGCAGAAAGUGGGAUAAUUGUUAAUAAAUCCCCAUCUGCUGUUAUUACUAAUGAUACUACUAAUCAACAAUCGACACAAAAUUCUGUAACUACACCAUCAGAACCUGAACCUGAUGUACAAAAUGCACCUGUAAUGUUACCUGUAACAACUGCACAAUUUUCACAACCGCAGAUCACACAAGUCACCAGAACGAAUAUGUUGAGUACCAUGAGUAGAAGGAGGACCAUCGCCGGGGAAAAUGGUGAGUCGGUUUUUCCUGCCUCUGAAAUUGAAAUUUGCAAUCCACAAAAUGUUAGUGUGACUAUGGGUGGUGAUGUUGCAGUUGAGAAUGUGUCUCAUGUGCCCGAACAAAUAAUUAGUACUACUGGGUCAUUGAAUCCCAGAAAUGUGUUGAAUGUUAGUUCAGGAGUGGCUACUACCUGUUCUUAUAUGCUGAAUGAUAGUACCGUUGCUCCCCGGGUGAGUGUGAGUGCGUGUACUAUGAACAAUGUGACUCGAAUACCUGAAAUGAGUGUGAGUUUACCAUUCACCUCACCUAUUUCAAAUGCUAGUCAGAUUCCAAUCUAUACUGCUCCUAAAGCAAGUUCUGUACCUGUAGUGACUAUGUCAAAUAAUGUCCCUUUGACAGGUGUGACCCAAAUGCCUGUUAUGCCUAACCAAGUUUUGUCAUACCCUCAAAUAAUUUAUGUACCCCAACCUCAGUUUGGUUUACCACCUUCGGAACACCCUACUUUUUCUGGAGAUGCUGCGGAGUACAGAUAUUUUUUGGAUAUAUUUGACACUGUAAUUGGAAGUAGAGUUCAAAGCCCUAAAGAAAAAAUGGUGUAUUUGCUUAAAUAUACAAAGGGUCCUGCUCAUGCACUGGUCAAAGGUUGCCAGCAUCGUGGAUCUGAAUGUUAUAAUGAAGCAAUUCAGUUGCUUGAUGAAACAUAUGGACGAAAAUAUCAAAUAGGGGAAGCUUGUAUAAAUUCAGUUUCCUGUGGUCCUAAUUUAAAAUUGGCUGAUAAAGAUGCCCUAACAAUGUUUGCCGCAGAGCUGAUGUCCUGUAUGAAUACAUUGAUAGGAAUUGAAUAUAAUAAUGUAUCUAUUAUGACAAUUGAUAAGAUGGCCAUGAGAAUGCCUCAUUCUUGGAGGGCGGGGUGGCUGUCUGUAGUUGAUGACGUUUUAAAUGAAAAGAAGGUGAAUUUAACAGUUGAACAUUUGGCGAAUUAUGUUCGAAAACGAACUCGUGAAAACACGAAUCUGCCUUCUAAUGAUUCGAACUCACCUCCAAAGCAAUCGAACCCUGUGAAAGGUCUGAAACCCUAUAGAUCAACAUUUGCUACAUCAGUUGUUGAUAGGCCUGUACGAAAAUGUGUUAAAUGCAAUAAAGAUCAUUUUUUGAAUCAGUGUGUUAAAUUUCGUGAAUUGAACUAUGAAGAUAAAAUUGAGUUUGUCAGGAACCGAAAGCUUUGUUUUUCAUGCCUCGAACCUGGUCACUGGAGCAAAGACUGUAAGCGAACAAAGCCUUGUAAGGUUGAAGGAUGCAAGAGAAGACAUACAACGGUUCUUCAUCCUCCAGACAAAAUCCAAAUUAAUCAUUCUGGGACAAAAGGUGAUGAAUCUCCUGUUUUGAAAAAUUUUGGCUCUCAAACACCUGAAACUGAAACCAAAUUUAAUGCAUUUGUUAAUACAUCUAAAAAUGAAAAGGUUUUGCUCAAUGUUAUUCCUGUUAAAGUACGUGUUAAUGGUGACAAAAAUGCUAUUGUGACAAACGCAUUUUUUGAUAAUGGUUCCACUUGCUCAUUCAUAAGUGAGUCUCUUAUGCACAAGUUAAAUGUUGAUGGUCUCAAGAUAAAUUUGAAUGUUCGUACAAUAAAUAAUGAGACUGAAAGUAAACAAAGUAUCAUUGUGAAAGGUCUUGAAAUUUCGGACUUUGAUGAAUCUGAAUAUGUGCCAUUGACGCCAUUAUUUUCAAACGAUAAAAUUGGUGUUGAGCAAUCUGAUAUUCCCUCUCAAAAGGACGUGGAUCAAUUUAUUGAAUUUGAGAAUGUUGUUAUACCAAAUAUUAAAUCUGAAGUGGGUCUUUUGAUUGGCAAGGAUAAUCCUAAAUUGCACAAACCAUUGGAAGUUGCCUAUGGCCCUCAUGACUAUUUUGCAUCUAAGACUGUUGCUGGAUGGAUGAUUAGUUGUCCACCUAAGAAGAAUGACAAUCAAGGUAAUCCAUGUAAUUAUUUUGUGAAAAAUGAAGUCCAUCCAUUGUGUCAAAUGUGCACGGAUGUCAUUGAUUCGGCUAAUAAUGAAAAGGACGAAAUCUCUCCUCGACAACAAAUGUUUCUUGAUAGGGUGAGCGAAUCUAUUAAGUUGAAAGAUGACGGACACUAUGAAAUUGAUUUGCCAUUUAUAAAUCCAAAUUCGAAAUUACCUUCAAAUUAUUUGCAAGUGAAACAGCGAACCGAAUCGCUCAAGCGUCGAUUUAUUAGGGAUCCAAAUUUUUAUUCCGAAUAUAAAGAUUUUGUGGAAAAUAUGUUAACUAUGGGUUAUGCAGAAGAAGUUUCUGAUUCUACUGAAAGUGAAGGUCAAAUUUGGUAUAUUAAUCAUCAUGGCGUUUAUCACCCUGAAAAGAAGAAAAUUCGUGUAGUAUUUGACUGCUCAUCUAAAUUUCAAGGAAUCUGUCUUAACGACGUUCUGUUACAGGGGCCGGACCUGGCCAAUAACUUGGUUGGUGUUCUGUCAAGGUUUCGCAAAAAUGUGGUUGCUGUACAGGGAGAUAUUCGCUCAAUGUUUUUACAAGUGAAGGUACCCGAAAAACACAGAAAUUAUCUUAGAUUUUUCUGGUGGGAAGACAGCGACAUAAAUAAACCCAUGAAAGAAUUUCGCAAUGACAGCUUAUCCAUUUGGAACGGUUUGCAGCCCAAGUUGCUGUAA